AGGUUCUUUUUCCUGGUUUAAUUGGAGAAAUUUCUGGGCAACCAUAGAAGAUGGGAGGAAGAACAUUCAGUGGUGGUGGAGGCAGAGGCAAAAGUGGACAAAAACUGACAAUACUUGAUUCCUUGACAUAUGUCAUAACCGUGAAGGAGACAUUUCAAGAUAAAAGGGAAAAAUAUGAUGAAUUUCUUGAGAUCAUGAAAGAUUUCAGAACUGACAGAAUUGACAUUAUUGGUGUCAUAGCAAGGGUGAAGAAGUUAUUUAAAGGGCAUGAUGACCUAAUUUUAGGAUUCAAUACUUUCCUGCAUUAUUGGUGUCAUAGCAAGGGUGAAGAAGUUAUUUAA